AUGAACACAACACCAACAAAGGAAGAUUUUGAGGGUGCAGCAAAUUUUCUAACUAAAAUUUCCAUGUUUCAUAAAACAAAACAAGCAUAUGAAAGUGAUUUACAUAAUAUGGGUGAUGAUUCUAUGUUAUUACGUUUUGGUAAAAUAUUUGGAGAAAAUGCAUUACCAACAACAACAUGUUCAAAUAAGCAAUUCAUAUAUCUUAUUCAUUUAUUUUUUAAAUCUAUUUCACAACUUAUUACAAUGAUACAAACAACACCUGAUAAUAAUGAUGAAAUUCUAUCAAUCAUAAAUACUGUUAUUGGAAAACUUUUUUCAACAAAAGAAAAUUCAUCAAUUAUUAAACUAAAUAAUGAUGAUAUUUUUUCACCAAAAUUAAAUAUUGAUCAAUGGAUAUGGUUAUUAGAAAAAUGGCGUGAUGCUUUACGAACAUUUUCUAUUAUACUUACAGAAGUUGGAGCAUUCGCUCGUUUAUUACGUACAGCAUUUGGUGUUAGUAUUGCACGUUUAUUUAAUUUUGCUGAAAGAAUUGUUUGUAAUAAUCAAAUAUUAGAUUCAGUUGUUAUGAAUGAACAAUUGUUUCAUGCACUUCAAAUGGGUUUUUAUUUUGGAGUUGCAUAUGCUAUUGUCGAUUGUGCACUAGAUGAAAUUAAUAAUUUAGAUGAAAUUUCUUCACAACAAUUAGCUAUCUUGAAAAUAGAAAAAAAUGAAAAUGAAACAUUAUUAACACCAGUUGAAAUACUAGAUAAAUGGCUUUUGAUUAUAGAAGAAUUAUUAACUGGAGGAGAAUUUAAUCGAAAAGAAAUACCAAAAAUACCAUUGACAUCAUUAUUAUUAGAAACCAUUGAUAGUCUUAUUACAUUAACAAAAAGUAUUAAUGUAACGCGUGCAGUUUUUAAAGACUUGGCUCUUUUAUUAAGAUCACAACGAAUGGAUAAAAGAACAAUGGAAAAUUUUGAUACUGAUGAAGAACUUUACUUAGGUAACAUUUUGUUUCUAAUAAGGCAUUAA